CCUCCUCCUCCUUCCCUUCUUUCUCCACCUCCUCUUCUCACGCUGACUUCAUUCCCGGCAGACGCCGCCGGAGUUUCCACGCUGUCGGCCGGCGAGAUCCGGCAUCUCAGGAGCGCGCCUGGCGAGGCAGCCCAGCUGGCAGAGGACGGAGGUCGGGAGGAAGAGGAGAGAGCGAGAGCCCCUUCUCCGCCCAGGUGGUUGGGCAUCGGACGAGGGUCGCCGAGGAGGGCAGGGCAGGAGAAGAAGCCCCCGGGAGAAAAAGAGGCAGAUCAAGAUGCCUUCAGACUGAAUUGCUUCACCUUUCGUCACCCAGCGCCUCUGGGCAUCUGGAAGGUCGAGGGUGGCGGUGAGGAGAGGGGGGUUGCUGGGAAGUUUCUGACCGAGGAGGAGGAGGAGGAGGAGGAAGAUCUGCGGAGAUAGUCGUCGUUUGGGGAGAGUGAGAGGCCUCCGGUGGUUGGGAUUCUGCUUUCCACCCUUUGUGGGCCGUUUACAAGAGUUUUGGGAGAGAAAGACUUGGGACCGAUUUGGAGACUCCUCGGUCCUUUUGGUUCUACAAGAUGAGAUGAGGAACCAGGUGAGAAACUGGAGGUGGAGGCCAGAAGACUCUGAAGCACCUGAAACUUUGCUGAAAUCCGGGAAGACUUCUCAAGAGCCUUCGGAAGAGCUGAAGAACUCUAUUCUCUGCUGCUGCUGCUACUAACUGUUCAACUCAGGAAUACCCACCACUAAAUUAUUUCUCCGCGUAUUUGAGCUUGUAUUUAUUCUUGGUGGAGCAGACUCUCCUCCUGGCUUUUGAGUCCAACCAUGGCUUUCUCCCAGGUUCAGUGUCUGGAUGACAGUCACGUCAACUGGAGAUCCAGUGAAUCCAAGCCCGAAUUCUUCUACAGCGAGGAACAGAGGUUGGCCUUAGAAGCUCUGGUAGCCAAAGGGCCGGAAGCCUUCUACGAAGUUCUCAAGAAGGAGAACAUCCGAGACUUCCUCUCCGAGCUGGAGCUCAAAAAAGUCUUGGAGACCUUGGAAACCUACGACCCUGGUGCGGAGUAUCCCCUCAAGGAUAGGAGUGGCUGUGUGGACAGUGGCAGCCAGACCGAUGACCAAGGCCCAGGGCCUUCUUUGGAAUACUGGCCGGAAAGAUCUGACCGAUCCAUCCCGCAACUGGACCUUGGCUGGCCAGAAGCCAUUGCGUACCGUGGGGUGACCCGGGCAGCGGUCUACAUGCAGCCGCCCAUUGACUACCAGCCCCACAUCAAAGAGGUCGUGCGCAAGAUGAUCUUCCAGGCUCAGAAGGUGGUUGCGGUGGUCAUGGACAUGUUCACGGAUGUUGACAUCUUCAAGGACCUCCUGGACGCGGGAUUUAAGCGGAAAGUGGCCAUCUACAUCAUCAUAGAUGAAUCCAACCUGAAAUAUUUCCUCCAGAUGUGCGAGCGAGCCCAGAUGCAUGCCGGCCACCUAAAGGGGCCUCAGCUGUUCUGCUACGGAUCCCGGGUGCAAGUGUCGGCUGAACAGGGCAAAAGCCGACCCCAGCAGCGGAAAACCUCCGAGGAGGGCAAACGGCCACAGGACAGAUCUGGGGCCAAGAAAGUCGCCCCAACCUCAGCCAACCCCUUGUUCUGGCAAAGGAAGAACUUCACCUCUGCCAAGAAUGCCCGGCCCGGCCCCGUCUCCCACAGAGGUGGCACAAGCACCCCAAGAGCCACUGGUCGGUCCCUGACUCCACUCCCCGAAGGCCAGAGGUCACCAAAAGAAAUGAGGACUCCGCUGGACAUUCCUCUGUCCAAGCUCUCCCAGUCAAAGCACCUGAAGAGCAAGACUUCCCAACUGGAAUCCAAACGGAAGCCCCCUGGGACCGCCCACCCCAAGGACCAGUAAGGCCGGUGGAGACACCCGAAUGACCAAUGGAAGGGGGGCUGGGCUGCUUUGCAAUUACCUGGUCGGUGCACCAGUACCACGUGGCCAAGACGGUCAGGCCCAGAGUCAUGCCCGUCCAGGGCAGGUCUCCAGUGAUGGGAUCCCGGAAGAGAUGCAUGGCGUCCCGCCUGGGCAGGUGGCAAGUUGUGUUGGGGACAAUCUUGGAUGGGAUGGCAGCUAAGUAGGCCUCUUCCAGGUUGUGGUAGCCCCCAAUCCGGUGGAAGGCUGCUCAAAGUAAAAAUCAAUGGGGCGGGAGAGCAGAGGACCAAUGAACAAUGUCUGAAGCGAGCAACCACAUCCCUCCCCUUUGUCUGGGCUCCUCCAAAGUCAAUGGUUCCCACCUUCUUCCUUUGCCCCCAAAGAAUGAGGAAGGAACCUUGACAGUGGGGCAUUGAGUUUCCUCUCCACUCAGGAUGAGGUGGGAGAAGAAGGGGGCCAUUUGAAUGCAGAGGUCAUGGGCAGUGAGAAGAAGCUGGGUGCUCUUUGUAGGCCACCUUAGGUUCAGUCCCAUUCAAGAGUCAAACUCCAGUUGAUCCUAAGUCUUGGGCCAACCUCUGAAGCACCAUCUAAGCAUGAGGAGCAACCAACGACUCACCAUCUCCUCCAUCAACUCCUCAGUUGCCCAAAAUUCUUCAAUAAGCCAGAAGGAUCCAUGGUGCAUCUACAGGGCACCAAGUUGAGGAAAGUUGCACUAACAGCAAUCUCAACCAGAGAGCCCAAAGGAAGCUUCUUGUAAUGUUCCCAGACUUCCCCAUCUGCACCUUCAGCAAGGGGGUGAACCCCACCUUCUGAGAUUUGCUCCCGUGCAUCCACGCACCUCCUGGCAUUAGUGCCACAUUGUUGAAGCCAGAGUGUCAUCACUGACACCACAAAAGCCACUGGGGCAUCCCAUGCCACGUAACAACAAUGCAGUGAUGGCCUUGCUCUCCCCUGCCUUCUACACAUCUCCCCACAGCUCCCCGAGUGCACAUGGGUACUGUACCCCAACUAGUCAGCUCACUCACCUGCCCCUUGACAGAUUUCACUCCCAAGAAGCUACCGUAUAUACUCGAGUAUAAGCCGAGUUUUUCAGCACGUUUUUUGUGCUGAAAAACGUCCCCUCGGCUUAUACUCGGGUCUAUAUGGCUUAUACUCGAGUUUUGUUUUUUUUUAAGCCCCUCGGCUUAU